AUGAGCGUGUUCUUGGGCCAUCAUAGAAACAUAGAUAGGGUCGAAAACGGAACGAAAAACGAAACUUUACGACAGCUUUUUCGUACAGGUUCACUUGUAUCACAUACACAAGUGCUCUCUGAACCGUGCAAUAAGCUUUUUAGGUUAUGCAAUAGAAGGGAGGCAACGCUUUGGGCUUGCAGAAAUGAAUGAUCAGAAAGAGGGGGGGGUGCUGGAUUCAAUUUCCAGGUCGGGCGUGAGGUGAAGACCAUAAGAGAAGAUUGCCCUCCCGGCAAGGCUUCUCAAAGCAGAGGAGGAAGGGUGGGCAGAAGGUACCACGAGCCCUCUGUCCCACACAUCUAUUCAGAAGCAAGUGUAGUUCACAGGUUCCACCGAAUGCUCCUAUCUCUCGGCAAAGAUUGUGUGAGUUUGCAGUUAUCCUUCGGAUGCUUCGCAAUAGAUCGACCCAGUUCCCGUUCUUUUCCGGUUCACUCGCUUCAUAUCUCCGAUACCCAGGGAAGGACGCGGUGGGAAGGGUUCCUUCACCCUAGCCUCUGUCCGGCCGAUCAUUCCGCUGGCAUCUUGCAUUCACGCCUCCGUUUGACUACCGCUCGGGGAUGUAGUUGUAGAUACGUUAGUCAACGUGGGUCGUUGGCUCCACCUGUUCUCUCCUUCUACGACAUGCUGUUGCUGUCGCCAUAUUCCAUAUGUCACCUAGUCAUCUCUGCCUCACUGCGGGCCAGCACCUUCGAAAGAAACGGAGGACUUCAUUCAGUGACUCCGCGAUCGCCCUCUGAACGAUCAGAAUAAGGUAAAGCUUGAAGA